CAAUUUCAUUUUCUCUCCCAUUUAAUAAAUUCACCACAUAGACAUCAUGCAAGCCUCACCCACCCAAGUGUGGCCACUGACCAAAACUCAGCCAGUAGUAUAAAAGUCAUGCACUAAUACACCAUGAAACUGAGAGUAGAGGAUUGGGAACAUAAACUUACAUAGUGAGAAGACAAAAGCAUUUUCUUCAUUUUUUCUUAGCAAGCACUUUUAGAAUGGAAAGCUACGAUUCACAGGGGAAAAUGUGUAUGGUGGGAGAUAACUACAUAUUUACAGUGUAUGUGGGAGAUUUUGCACCAGAAGAAGUGAUAAUAACAUCCACCAAUAAUUUCAUACAAGUCUGUGCAGAAAAGUGCCAAUUCCCAGCUGAUGUGGAUCCAAUGUCAGUCACGUCUUCUCUAGGAAAAAGUGGCAUGUUGAGUAUCAAAGCUCACAAAGCCUGA